UUUAGAAAACAUCGAAAUUAUAGCACAGAUAACUUUAAAUAUGGCAAGGUUAAUAGUAUAUAUUGCUUUCGCCAUUUAUUGCCAAGCUGCCAACCAAAAUCCAGCUAGAAAUGUAGCACCACCUGCGCGGGCAGAUGCAGCGGGACUUGGAGCAGUAGCUGCGGAGAUUAUCACAGAUUAUAAAGCUGAUGAGUUAUGGGAAGAUGGUCGAUUAAUAGCGACAACAAAAGUAAACAAAUCAAUAUUGAUGAAUUGUGGCACAGUGGAGGAUGGACGAUUGUUUAUUUUGGAGGAGAAAAGUUUACUGCUAAAAUUACUUCUCCCAUCUAAUGCGGCCUUACGAGAAAUCCCAGACAAAAUACCUGGAAUGAC